AUGUCGCACCUAACAUACUAUGCCUACCCGGCUGCCGGCGUCGAGAAACAAAAGACCUUCCACUACAGCCAAGCGGUGCGGAUUGGAGACCGCAUUGAAUGCGCCGGACAAGGUAAGAAAAACUCGAACAAAAAUUACAAACCAACCGCAUACCGGGCGCCUGUGAUGCUUUGCAAUGAUAUAUACUAUAAAGCUCCACAGCUACUGCUUCCGCGCGCGAACGCGUUCUUACUUACCUUACGCAUCAUACUGAUUGAAAUAUCUACAGGCGGCUGGGACCCAACAACAGGGGUCUUUGAGAAAGAAAUCAAUGCCCAGAUCGACCUAGCCUUUGCCAAUGUCGAGCGCAAUUUGAAGGACGCCGGAGGCAAGGGUUGGUCGCAGGUAUUCCGAGUGAAUUCGUACCAUGUGCCGAUCAACAACGAGGCGAUGGAUGCGAUGGUGCAGAAUUUCAAAAAGUAUAUGCCUGAUCAUCAGCCGAUUUGGACGUGUGUUGGGGUUACGAGGUUGGGUGAGGAUGAUAUGCGGGUUGAGAUUGAGGUUGUGGCGCAUGUACCACAGUAA